AAGAGGGAUAAAAGGUAGGGGCUAGAAUUUUACUAGUACUAGACAGUAGACACGUACCCAAAAAGCAAGAGGCCUUUGGAUUCUGCUCUGUGGCAACAUUAAAUCAUCAAAUCCCUUUCAAGAGAGGUGUGUCUGUGUAGAGAGGAGCAGAGGGCAGAGCAUGGAGGUGGGUCAGAUGCAGAGUCGGUUGGCUGACUACACUAAGUCCCUGUUUAUGGAGGGGAUCCUGGAUGCUCAGUUCUUACAGCUUCAGCAACUUCAAGAUGAGAGCAACCCAGAUUUUGUUGUUGAAGUGGUCUCUCUUUUCUUUGAUGAUUCUGAGAAGCUUCUCAAUGAUAUCGCCAGAGCUCUAGACCAGCAAUGUGUAGAUUUCAAAAAGAUUGAUGCUCAUGUUCACCAGUUGAAGGGUAGCAGCUCCAGCGUGGGUGCUCAGAGAGUCAAAAAUGCAUGUGUUGCUUUCCGCAACUUUUGUGAGGAACAGAACGCUGAAGAGUCCCGGAGGUGUCUGCAACAAGUAAAACAAGAGUACUAUCUUGUGAAGAACAAGCUUGAGACCCUAUUCACGCUUGAGCAACAAAUUGUGGCAGCUGGUGGGUCGGUUCCUAUGAUAGAAUUGAGUUUCUAAAAGGCUACCAAAUUGCAGAAGAGCAAGUCUAAUUGGGGAGGGUUUGGUGUAGAGAAGCUUUUAUAUGAAUUUAUGUGACCCAACUUUUUUUUCUUUCUUUUUUGUCACUUUUAUGGUUCUCUUCAACAAAUGAGCCUUUGCUUGUAUGAAUGAAAAGAGAGCUUUCCAUUGUAGUGCUAAUUCUCAUGAUGAGACUCGGAGCUCAAUUUUGUGUGGUUUUCUUUAAUUUAAUGCAUUAUCUUGUAUUCUCAAAUGAUGUUAUUAAUUGUCGUGGGUGUUUUGUCUA